AUGGCGUUGCCGUGGGUUGGGGUUGCCAAGCUGCCGGAACCUGGUAAAAUAGAGGAGACAUUUGCAGGCUCGUUCGGCCGCUGGAGCCAUGGUCUCCAGUGUUUGCUCGCGGUGGAGAAAGAGGCAUCGAAAAAGGAGACGAGGCAAGCGAGGGCAGAGAAGAGAGCAGCGGUUGCAGGCUUGCAGCGAUCAACAGUCCAAGGUUUGAUUUGGUUCCUGGAUCUGGAUAUGGGUUCUGUCCCCCAUUUUGUCGCCCGUUCCAACGGUCGUAAGCUGGAAACCCAUGAAGCCAUGGACCGGGACGUGUCUACUGCCUGA